AGGGCAUCUAGCAAGUACUUUGACUCAAAAAUGUUACUGCAAAUUACACUGCACUAGCUAACCUAGUUGACAAUGGGUUGGAUUCAAUAUAGAGCAUCAUAAACGGGUAUAUAGGACCUAUGAUGGGCUGCCAAGGACCUGCAUAGAGAGCAUAAAAUUCUAGUGCCAAAGUCACAUGUAAAAACAUUUAUUAGUUGCAUCAAAGGCAAAAAAACCCCAUACCAUAUCAAGUGACAGAGGUGUCUUAGUGAUUCAUGGCCCCUAAUGUUGCAUUCCAUAAGUCGCAGUCUCAUUUUCUCUCAUAAAACAACUUAUUUGAUCCUGCCUGACCACAGGUUACACUGAUUUCCUUAUCACUUUAGUUUGUAACUGUAAAGCUGGCCAUACGCAAAGGAUCUUUUAUCAUCGGACCAAGCUUAUCCUGAAACAAUUGUUUAAAAAUUUGCACAGACAACCAAUGUCAAGAGAAGACAAGGAAGCGCAGGAGGAUGAACUGCUAGCACUCGCUAGUAUAUACUCUGAAGAUGAAUUCAAGAGAUCAGAAACUGCACCAGGAGGGGAAAUAUGUGUCUGUCUAGAUCUUCCUCCGAACUUUAGCGCAGCCAUAAGAGGUGACAGUACGGCUGCUGCACACACAGAAAGCUUUGAGGAUAUUGUCUCUUUCCUACCUCCUGUUAUACUGAACUUUGAACUGCCUCCAGGAUACCCAUCCACUGACCCUCCAGCCUUCACACUUAGCUGCAAGUGGCUUUCUCCAAGUCAGCUUGCCCUGCUGUGUCAGCGCUUGGAUGACCUAUGGGAGGAAUACGCAGGAGGAGUUGUUUUGUUUGCUUGGAUGCAGUUUCUCAAGGAGGGGACUCUGGAGUACUUAAAGAUUAACUCACCAUAUGAAAUACAAGUUUAUGGGUUUGGAUCUCAGUGCAUAAAGAAUAACUCGGGGAUAUCUGAUUCCUGUAGUGCCACAGGCCCAGCAGAAGCAGUGAUUUGGGACAAACGGGCUAUCCAGGAUGUGGAAUCUGUCGCUGCCCUUAUCAAGUGCAUCUUUGACUUUAAUGAGGCUCAGCAGAAGAAGUGCUUUGAUAGUAAAUCGUAUAUGUGCAACAUUUGCUUCUCAGAAAAGCUGGGCAGCGAGUGCACUCACUUUAAGGAUUGUCAGCAUGUCUACUGCAACGCCUGCCUCAAGGAUUAUUAUACAGUUCAGAUACAGGAUGGACAGGUCCAGGCUCUUAACUGUCCUGAGCCAAAGUGUUCUUCUGUUGCUACACCUGCACAGGUGAAGUUGCUGGUUGGGGAAGAAUUGUUCAGCCGCUAUGACCGUCUUCUACUGCAGUCCAGCCUGGAUCUGAUGGCAGAUGUGGUGUACUGCCCACGUCCAAACUGCCAAACUCCAGUCAUGCUGGAGCCUGGGGGCACGAUGGGUAUUUGUUCCAACUGCAAUUACGCUUUCUGUACCCUCUGCAAAAUGACCUACCAUGGAGUGUCAGCUUGUAAAUUAUCAGCAGAAAAGCUUAUGGCACUGCGUAAUGAAUACUUAGAGGCAGACGAGGCAGGAAAGCAGUUCAUGGAGAAGCGCUAUGGCAAGCGGAUGAUACAAAAAGCAUUGGAGGAAAUGGAAUCUAAGGAAUGGCUGGAGGAGAAUGCCAAGAGCUGCCCACGCUGUGGAACUAACAUCCAGAAAACAGAAGGCUGCAACAAGCUGACUUGUACUGGAUGUAAGCAAUACUUUUGUUGGCUGUGUUUGGGGGUACUGUCAAGAGCAAAUCCAUACAGUCAUUACAAUGACCCUUCGUCAGCCUGCUUUAACCAAUUGUUCCUUGGCAUGGAGGUGGAUGGGAUACCUUUGAUUGAAGAUGAGCAACACUGACCAUCAGUACACAGGAUCCUAGCAAAGAUAUACUGAAAUAGCACAGUAACUGUCAACUUUCUCUGAAGAGGCUUUAUCUUGUAUUUGUUUUCCUUUCCCAGAAGGUGUUUGUUGUUUAGGGUUGCUAUUUUUAAGGAACAGUUCAGUGUAAAAAUGGGCAAAAUAGAUAGAAUGUGCUGGAGUGAGCGGAUGUCUACAAUAAUAGCCAGAGAACUACUUCCUUCCUCUUUUACAGCUCUCUAAGCUGUUAGCAGUCAGUAACCAAUCAGUGACUUGUGGGAGGGCAUAUAGGACCUAACUGUUCAGUUAGUUUGCU